AUACACAUAAAAAUACUUUAUUAAACAGAGAAAUUUUAGUUGUUAUUUCUGUAACUGAUCAUUUGUUGAAUUUCAGCUUCAAUGGAUUCUCAAGAUAAAGUUAGAAAGACAAAUGAUCAGCCUGAAGUCUCCUUGAUGGCUGGUGAAAGAGCGAAAUCGCUUAAUCAAGCUUUUCUCAGUAUCUGCGAGUCUCUUAUCGCAGGUGAAGUCGUCGAUGGAGUAUCCAUGAGAAUUGGAAACUUCAUUUCAUGCAUUCUAUCUACUAGUAAACACUUCUUGAAGAAAAAUAUUUCUGAGAUCAUUGAGGAAAAUUCAUCCUCUACAAUAGAUGAAGACAUGUUUUAUGAUGCUGAAGAAAUUUUUUCAAUAAAUGAUGACAAACAUGUCGUAGAAAUCCAAGUAGUGGAUAGUGAAGAUAACACACUCUUGAGAAACCUCAAACAAAAACAAAAACAAAAACAAAAACAAAAACAAAAGGAGACUAUUGAACAUAAGUAUUCUACUCAAUUGAAACAAUCAUAUUGUUCUAUUUGUAUGGAAGCUAAACCAAUUAAAAACAUGUUCAAAAAUCAAAACUGUUCACACUCUUUCUGUGAGGAUUGUAUUGCAAGAUAUCUAGCUGCAAAAAUUCAAGAGAAUAUAUCAAGGGUAAACUGUCCUGAACCAAGCUGCAAAGGAACUUUAGAGGCUUAUCAGUGUACUUCAAUUAUACCAAAGGAUGUGUUUGAUAAAUGGGAAAAUGCACUUUGUGAGAAUUCGGUAUUAGAAUCACAAAAAUUUUAUUGCCCUUUUAAGGAUUGUUCAGCUAUGUUGGUGAACGAUGCAAAGGAAGUUGUAACGGCUUCAGAAUGUCCACAUUGUCAUCGAUUGUUUUGCGCACAAUGUAGGGUUUCGUGGCAUGCAGGAGUUGAUUGUAGAGAGUUUCAAAGUUUGAAAAACAGUGAGCAAGGGAAGGAAGAUUUAUUGACGAUGAAACUUGCAAAGAAAAAGAAUUGGAAAAGAUGUCCACAAUGCAAUUACUAUGUGGAAAAAGUUCAUGGAUGUACUCACAUUAUAUGCAGGUGUCGUCAUCAAUUUUGCUAUGGAUGUGGAGGCACUUGGACAGGAGGGUCCCACUAUAAAUGCUCAAAUUUGUUGAAAAUUUCUGAAGCUUCGUCAUCAUCAUUCUAAUUCUUGGUGAAGAUCAAAUGUUGAAUUUUGUUGUAUACCCUUUCGUAUGAAAUUUUUUUCAAGGGAUUUGCAUGCAUUUGUUUCUGGUAUAGAAAUAAAAAUGUUAGAUAAGAAAAAUAAUUUAUCAUGUUACAAGCCAAUAGAUUAGGUAGGAAACACCGAUCUUGAACCAAUAUUUUUUUCUACUCUUACAAUCCAUCUUAGAAAUUGUUACCACACUUCUUUAAGUUUCACUUUUUUCAAUUCAAAUAUUUUUAGUAUGAAUGUUUGUCUUUCACAACGUAGAAUCGAAGAUAGUGUAGUGUUUUCUUUUUGAUUGGUUGUCAUUUCAUUUUUGUAUUCCCCUAAGUUUUUAAUCCUCCCGUUUAUCAAUUAAUGGUACAAAUAUAUUGGUAAUGAUAAAUUAGAGAAAGAUUAGAAUUCCAUGGCAUGAUUAGUUGAUUAUUUUUAGUUC